AUGGUCCAUUUUGCGGAAGAUGAAUACCUGACCGCCUUGUGUCUUGGACCGGAACCAGACCAGCUCAUUACUCUUGUUCAUAAGAAGGAGUCAGAUGCGUCUUUCUUGAAAAUGACCACUGGAUAUCAGCGCAGACACUUCACCGAAUGCUCGCCAUCUUGGGAUAUCCUCCAGACAAAUCCAUCCACUGAUCUAUUACGUCACUGUGACACGCUUCACACGCUUCCGUUCACCACGGGGACGGCACCCACGUUCAUCGUGGGACAGAAGGAAACAAGCUUAUGGAUGGAACUUCGUUGUGAGGUUUCUCCGCCGGAUCGGGCCUUCCCAUCACAGAUGGACAUCCCUGGGCGGAUCUAUGAUAAGUUUGGAGGAUUUGCUGCGUCGGAUGCUAACGCAUAUAGGGUUCGCGGGCGUGCUGCUGCCGGUGGGGUUAUUAUUCGCGAAGCCAUGAAGAUACCACCGACUUUAGAAGGUGUGGAGCCACAGUGGACGGGCGCGAGUCACGUAGAGCUCUUCGAGCAAGACUUUUAUGCACGCCCUGGUGCUGCCGUGGAGCUCCGAGUUUCAUUUGGUGUCGUACGCCCGGUGCGUUUGCUUGCAGCAUAUACGGACGGAUAUUCUUCGUUCUCGGUGGCUGGUUGCCUCACUCCCAAGGGUACCCGCUUCAUUGUUCUCUGUGAGGACGCGUCCUCGGAGCGACCGGAGAACUAUACGUUCCGUUACAGCGGCAAGAAGGCGAUCUACAGCAUCAAAUUGCUCGGUGACAGUCAAUGCUCCCACCGUUUCAAAUCGUUCCAUCCAGACGGCUCCUGGAUCGCGGAAGCUAUCGAAAACGAUGUAUGCAUAUUGUUAUCCCCCGAAGAGGACACGAUCAAGCGCCGCGCUGCGGCAAUCCGACUGGGUUUGCCGAAGUGA